UUGAGAAAUAAAUUAAGUUACUCUUUCUUCAAACCGGUGUAAUCUAUAUCAGGUACCCACUAUUGCUUCUACCCAAAGACGCUAUCCGCAUAAGACUCCGAUUUUCUCCCUAAGCAAUUUUCCACUUCUUCUUCCUCAAGAAAAAGCGAAACGCAGAAGCUUAAAAAAGUUGAAGCAACAAAGUAGCAAAUUUCCUCCCCUACAUAUGAAGUUCAUUUCCGAAGGAAGCAAUCACUUUCAUGAAGAUUGCUCAACUUUGAUUUUGCCUGCUGUGUCUAUUGGGAAUGUUGGGCAGUUAACAGCGGAUCUUUUGGUUUCGUCAUUGGGUUCUGAGAAAGUUGGUUACUUAGACGAUCCUUACGUUCUUCCCUGUGUUGGCAAUGAUGCUUAUGGACCUGUUCCUCAAGGGGACCUCGCACUUCCUCUUGAAGCUUAUGAUUCCCCUUCUAAUGGUGUCACUGUUAUCCAGCAGAGAUCUCCUGUAAUUAAGGGAAUGAUGCUCGAGUUUGCCAAAAACAUGGCUGAUUUUAUUGCCGGAAGUGGAAAAAAGCAUAUUAUUAUUCUCUCCAGCUUAGAUUUUGGAAAGUGGCAAAAGGUUGACAUGUCAAGUGGUUUGCAGAUUUAUUACCUAUCCAGUGCCAACAGCAACGGAACUGACGAAAACUGUGAACAGCUUGGAUGGAAGAAACUUCAGGAGUAUGACCCUUCUCAAAAGCAUUGGAAAUAUCUUAGUGAUUUAGCUGAAGGAAAAGCAACUACUGAAGAUACUAUUUCUAUAGAAGAUGAACUAGAAGAAGAAGAUUAUUAUGCUAGCUUGCCUUUCGCUGCACUUUUUUCUUUUCUCAAGGCUAAAGGUUUGAAGGUCACCUGCUUGUUAUGUUAUUGCUCAGAAGGAGACAACACAUCUGAUGCUUUUCAAUUAGCUGAUGCAGCAUGCAAACUUCUAAAGCCAAGUCAGCCUAAUUCGGGAAUUGAAGGUGGCAAAUGGCGAGUUCCACUUUCUUGGAUGUCUGUGUAUGGACCACCUCCAGAUGUGUCCAUCUUCUAAGAUUAGGUUAAUGUAAUUAGUAAAGUUAAAACGGCGACUGAAAAUGGAUAUUAUUGUCCCUUUUUUUACACAACAUAUCUGUUCCGUGUCGUUACAUUUUCACACUACAGGUACAGGUGCUAGUUAUAGAACUUCAGUUUUGUUUUUUUGCAUGAGAUGGAUUUGGAGGUUGCAGUGCAUCAUUCUAAUUGUGAUUCUAACUGUGAGUUGAAUUCUUGUGCAAACGUGUUUGCUAACCUUGGUUUGGUUGUUC